GAGCUGGGAAGCGAAAUGCCCAGUUCAUGUCGCGUCCAUGACCCUCCCCUCCCUGCACGGUAGCAGUUAGCAGGCUAGGAUAGUUUGUGGUUGGCUUCUCAAAACUUGGUCCUAACUAAGUUAACUAACACUAGGGUACCGAAACCAUUCAUUCGAUGAGAUAUGAGUCUGUUGUUAGGGUUAGGGCUAGGGCUAAUGUCCCAAUCGGGCAGUUUGCGACAACCAGUUGCUACAACGUCUAUGAAAGAGACGCCACAGGCUUGAAACCAGGUGAAACGCAGAGCAGUUGUCCGAAACAUUGACUUUCAAAGGCUUCCCCGCAUUUUGCGCAUCGCAGGGUGGGGGUUUGCAGCCGAAACUCUAACCGGGAGCUUCUACGCCCAUCUCUCAACUCCUUAAACGUCAGCAAGGAUACUCUCCAUGUAGAACCAUGGAUAUUCUUCCGAGAAAACGUACUAACCAUCCCAUGUUCCCGAAUGCGGGGAUUGAACUUCGGGAUAUCGAUGUCCCUGGAGCGCUUCCGUUCGUAUAACUCGCGGAGUUGCUACCUACGAACAAAUCUAACAAGCAUAUAAGAGCCUAGGAUCUUCCCCGCUCGAUAAGAAUUUACCGUUCAGGGUCUCCUCAUUCAGCACUGCCAUACUCCCUACGUCCUAUUCAAAGUCGCAUUGCUAUUUCACUACUACUUUACUGCACCUAAGCAUCAGGUCUGGUCUACUUCUACAAUGGGUCUAACAGGCAUUCGCACGGCCAUGAAGGUCGACCUCAACAAGCCUGCAGGUGAACAAAAUGGCUUGCAUAACCGCUGGCAUCCAGACAUUCCCUCAUGCGCGACGAUCAAGAACGGCGAAGUCGUGAAGAUCGAAUGCGUCGACUGGACUGGAGGGCAGAUCAAGAACGAUGAUUGCGCAGACGACAUGCGUGAUAUCGACUUGACUCGCGUGCAUUAUCUGACAGGCCCCUUCGAAAUCGAAACCGCCCAGCCUGGUGAUGUGCUCCUCGUUGAAAUCCAGGACGUGCAGCCAUUCGAGGAUCAGCCGUGGGGUUUCACCGGCGUCUUCGAUGCGAAGAAUGGAGGUGGCUUCUUGGAUGAGCACUACCCCCAUGCUGCAAAGGCCAUCUGGGACUUUGAGGGCAUUUUCUGCUCGUCCCGCCACAUCCCUCACGUCCGCUUUGCGGGAUUGAUCCAUCCGGGAAUCCUAGGCUGUGCGCCUUCCGCUGAGGUUCUCGCAGAGUGGAACAGACGCGAGGGUGAACUUAUCUCCACUCAUACCCAUUUGGAUCGGGUUGUGGCGAAGCCCCCCGAGCCCAUCAACGUGCACGCGGGCAGUGCAGAUGGGGAAAUCAAGGCGAAGGUCGGAAGAGAGGGAGCUAGAACUAUUCCUGGCCGCCCCGAACACGGUGGAAACUGUGACAUCAAAAACCUCAGCCGUGGCAGCAAAGUCUAUCUCCCAGUGCACGUCCCCGGCGCCAAAUUCUCCGUCGGCGACUUGCACUUUUCCCAGGGUGAUGGCGAAAUAUCCUUCUGCGGCGCCAUCGAGAUGGCCGGCGUGAUCACCAUCAAGUUCAACGUGAUCAAGGGCGGCAUGGCACACAUGGGCAUGAAAUCUCCCAUCUUCCACCCUGGCCCCGUGGAGCCGCAGUUCGGCCCCGGCCGCUACCUGACCUUCGAGGGCUUCAGCGUGGACCAUACCGGAAAGCAGCACUACCUAGAUGCCACGGUUGCGUACCGCGAGACCUGCCUGCGCGUCAUCGAGUAUCUGCGCCGUUAUGGCUAUGAUGACUAUCAGAUUUAUCUGCUGUUGAGCUGUGCACCUGUGCAGGGGCAUAUUGCGGGGUUGGUGGAUAUACCCAACGCGUGCACAACGAUGGGGGUGCCGAUGGAUAUUUUCGACUUUGAUAUUCGUCCUGAGUCCGAUGUGGUGAAGCGAGAUAUGGGGUCUUGUGCAUUUACGAGUGAUCAGAUGAAGAAGUAGUUUUUUGCGCGCCGAGUAGGGGGGGCAAUGAGAAAUUCUCGUGUUAUUUUCUUGUGCGCAUUAUGCGUUUGUCUGGAUAUCUAUGUGAAGCUGGCCAUCCAAGGAUGAGAUAAUGAGUUAUUAGUAAACUAUUUUCUUUCCUUGUUCUGUUCCUUUUCGUUUCUCCGAUUGAUAUGCGGUUGUUCAGAAGAAGGGGGAAGCAUCGUCGAUAGUUAUUUUUUUAGUAUGCAGAACUUGAGUUAAUCACAGCUAGUAAAGCAAUAGUUUUACAAGCUGCUAGACACUAUUCUUUCUCCCAAGUGAAAGCAAAGAAAAGCAAACAGAACAGAAAAUAAGAAAUUAUAUACGGAGUACUCCGUACCAAAUAUUAAAAGUCCAACAAAAAUGCUGAAGGACAUGAACAGUUUAAGUUCUAAU